GUGCUACUGUUACUGUUCACUGAAUGUUAGAAAAUUCACUAUCAUUUAACUGUAGGAUUCCCUUGGAAAAUGGAGACUCUCUCUCCGGAAGAGAUGCGUAAGACACUCGAGUAUUUGUCUCAGCUGGCAGUGUGUCCUGUUUGCCUGGAGACGUUGACGUCCAAAGUGGCACUUUGUGCACGCGGACAUGCAGUAUGCCAGGGUUGCUUGGAGCAGCUGAAACAACUGCACAAGUCGGAAUGUCCUCAAUGUAAGGCUGCUUUCUGUCAGAAUCAGCCAAUCUGUUUCAUAAGUCAAGUAAUUGAGUGUCUACCUCACACUUGCAGACACAAAAAAUGUGACUUUUUCGUGCGGACUGAAGAUGACCACGAGAAGUUUUGUAACUUCAAACUGACAAAGUGUCGCCACUGUGAUUGGUCCGGACCUGAGAACGAACUUGUACGCCAUAUACAAUCCAAACACACGACAAUCAACAAGUAUUUGAUUCCUCUGCUUGGGAAUGUUGAGAAAGGCAUUCCAUUUGACCCGAAAAUAAAACGUUCUGUAUUCACACCGAUCUAUGUCGAAGGCCACUUUUUCUGGGGAGAAAUGAAGAAUGAACCAAAUAUUGAAAAACUUACCGCAGUGUUCCACCCGGUCGGUAAUGGGAAGGUGGAUAUUGAGUUCAAGGGCUCGGUAAAACUAAGUCUUAAGGGAUCUUCUUACAGUGCUGAUGUUAAACUUAAUAUGGAUCCAGAUAAAGAUCCGUAUGCUGAAAACUGUAUUUCCAUUCCAACUUCAAUCAUCCACAAGUACACUGUCGAUAAUAAGCUUCAGUACACUCUGACUGUGGAAGUUACAAUGUUAGAAUCUCUUGUGACUUGGGUACAAUCAAGGAUAAAAUCUGGUAUUGGUUUCAUAAAGUCUUACAGACAAUAAAAAAGUAUUACUCGAGUACUGUAAAACAAUGUAUUGAACAAUAUAUUCUAAAGUAAUGCACCAAUUUUUUUUGGAAAACAUGACAUUUUUAGGUCAUUAACCCUGUAAAUAUUGCAUUGAACACCUGUAAAUAUCACUCAAUUUUCAAUACUUUUGCGGAGUUUGAUUACAAAAUUAAUAAAAAAUCUAAAUUAUGACAUAGAUAUAUAACAUUGUAUAUUUUC